UAUAUCACGGGCAACUAAUCUCUCCGUGGGACAUUAGCCCUACAGGUACGGUUGCCACCUUUUCAAGAAAAAAAUAAAGCCCUUCCUAUAUUGUUGUUAAUUUCCUAUUAAUAACACUGGCAGAAGCUUCAAUUUACCAGCCAGGAGGUUAAAAUACCAGUCAGGUGGCAACCCUACCUACCUACCUGCCAUCUCUCAGUUUCUAUGCAAGAUGUGGCAGGGCUAUUAUAUCUGCUUGUCAGUGCAGAUGUGCUGCUACUCAGCAAGUUCUGCUCAUAAGGAGAUUUGUCACUAUUUUACUUCACCUCACAGGAGCCCCGGGCACUCUCACUUAAUAUGGACUCCAUGGAGAACCUAAAGGCCCUUAAAUUCUCAAUUCGUUGAGAGAAAGUCCUAGGGAAAGACUAGCAGAGGAUACUGUGGGCUUCGGUCAGGCCGUGUAACCUUGGCUUUUUCACCUCAAGAAACACUUCCUAAACUACCAACCCAGGGUGGCACAUUGUACCCCAGCUGCCCGCCCCCCCUGCCCGGGGCACAGCGAGCCAAUCCCUUGCUAUUUAUUCUCCUACCUGGGCACCUGAAGGCCCCACAUGUCCUGUGCCCGUACCGCUGAUCGCUCACCCUCUAUCCCCGCAGCUGCUCCCGCCCCAGGGAGUUACUUGGCUCGGGGUGAAGGGGGCCGGUCCCCGGUAGGAUCCGCCCGGCCCGGGUACUGGGGCCUCGCAGUUCAGUUGGUAGAAGCCUGAGCUCAGCGGCGUCUGUCACCCCCCCCCCCCCCAACUCCGAACGGGCAUGUGCGUAGUGUGCCAGGGGCCGUGAGGAGCAGCGCUACGGGCUAAGCAGGCAGCGGGCUCCCCGGGAGAGGGACAUACAGAGGGGUGCAUUAUAUAUCAUGAGGAGGAGCUGUAGGUUUGGGGGGGCGGGGAGUAGGCACUGAGUGAAGCCCCGGCUUUCCCGGGCACUGUUUGUAUCCUGGGCUGAGCUAGAAGUUUGUGUCAGUGUUGUACGAGCUGCUAGCAGGGCACUGGGCAGCCUGGGCACUAGCGGUGAAGGGGAGCAGCCUUUGCCCUCUUUGCCCACUGAGCAGUAAGACUUUGGGACAAGCGGGGUGGGCGGGCACUGGCACUGUCCCUAUCCCAGGGCGGGGGGAAUGGAGGUGCACAUAGGGCUCGGUGGGGUAUACAAGCAGCCUCCCGGGAAGAUGAUCAGGGGCGCAUUUGAGAACCUCUUCCUGAGUGUGCGGGAAGCGCUGCAAGGGGAGCGUAGAGCCCUAGAGGGGUCCCAGGCGGCCGGAGCUUGGAGCGAACCCCCAAGCACUCAGCGCCCCCCUGUCACCUGGAGCGAAGCCUCUCCGCAAGAAGCAACCCCCCUGAACCCCUGGGUGACACACACCCCUGCCGCUUGGAGAGAAGCAGAGGCAGCAGCACCCCAGAGUCCCGCCGGGCGCACACAAGGAGCGCAAUUCCCUGCGCUGGGAGACUGCCCCACUGAGCUCAAGGAGAUCCUGGGGGAGCAGAGCGGGGGGAUACUGGAGAGCGAAGAGCCCCCGGCGGACAAGGAAAGCUUCCCGGGAGCCCCCGAAGGCAUCUCCGAUAGCGCCAAGGAGCUGUGUAAAGCCGUGUCAGUGUCCCUGGGGCUGAGCAUGGAGGCGCUGGAGCAUCUGAGCGCAGGAGGGGAGGCGCAGCAGAGAGGGGACUGUAUGUACGCGGCGCCCCCCGCACACCCUCCGGACACCCACAAGUGCCAAGUGGCAGAGGAAGAGAAGAGCGACACCCGGGACGGGCCAUUUAGGAGGAGCAGCCAGAACAACUUUCCAACUGGCAAGAGCCCAGAUGAUGGUAGCAGCGCAGGGGGCUCAGAGGAGAAGGAGCAGCAGUGCACAGACUUGGCACUACCGGAGCCAGCAGGGUACAGACACCGAGCUAUGGAGCUCACGCCUAGCCUCACCCUGUACAAGCCCACCGCCUUCAUGGAGGAGAGCCCUGGCUAUCCUGCCAGAGACUUUUACAGCUUUCAGAUGGCCCUGGCACCCCAUGGCCGGAUAAAGGUGGAGAGCCCCAUGGAGUACGGUGGCAGCGCUUGGGGGGCAGCGGGCAGGUACAGCGAACUGUCAGGCUUUGCCCAUUGUGGUGCCACCGCCAGCUGGCACUCUCUGUUUGAGGAAGGGCAGGCCAGCGGCUCGUUUGCAGAGGCCGGCCCUUACAGCUACCCUCGCAGCCAUGGACCUGCGGGACCCGAUGGGGAAUUUCCCUCUGACGCCUGGUACCCAGCACCAACCAUGAUAGGCAGGGUGCCCUAUGGUGGGCCUAUGAAGGCUGAGAUGGGACCUUGGAUGGAAGGAUACCCUGGAGCCUUUGGGGAAAUGAGGCUAGAAGGAGGCAGAGAUCACCUGCUGCCCAUUGAUUAUUACUUCCCACCGCAAAAAACCUGUCUGAUCUGUGGAGAUGAGGCUUCUGGCUGCCACUAUGGGGCCCUGACGUGUGGCAGCUGCAAAGUCUUCUUUAAGAGAGCAGCUGAAGGGAAACAAAAGUAUCUUUGCGCCAGCAGAAAUGACUGCACAAUUGACAAGUUCCGGAGGAAAAACUGCCCAUCUUGCCGCUUGCGGAAAUGUUAUGAGGCUGGAAUGACAUUAGGAGCUCGUAAGCUAAAGAAGCUGGGGAACCUUAAGGCACAGGAAGAGUUGGAGGGAUCUCCAGUGCAAGGUGAAGGAAGCAAAGACCUGGCCCCUGGUAUGGGUAUUCCACAGCUUGAGGGCUACAGCUGCCAGCCUAUCUUCCUGAAUGUGCUGGAGGCCAUUGAACCUGUUGUGGUGUGUGCUGGGCAUGACAACAACCAACCAGACAGCUUUGCUUUGCUCUUGAGCAGCCUCAACGAGCUGGGUGAAAGGCAGCUUGUGCACGUUGUAAAGUGGGCAAAGGCUUUGCCAGGUUUCCGAAAUCUACAUGUAAGCGACCAAAUGACUGUUAUUCAGUACUCCUGGAUGGGACUCAUGAUAUUUGCCAUGGGUUGGAGGUCAUUCAAAAACGUCAACUCCAGGAUGCUCUAUUUUGCCCCGGACCUGGUGUUUAAUGAGUAUCGCAUGCACAAGUCACGUAUGUACAGUCAGUGUGUCCGGCUCCGACACCUCUCCCAGGAGUUUGGCUGGCUCCAGAUCACUCCGGAGGAGUUCCUCUGCAUGAAGGCUCUCCUUCUCUUUAGCAUUAUUCCUGUGGAAGGUCUGAAGGACCAGAAGUGCUUUGAUGAAUUGCGGAUGAAUUAUAUCAAAGAGCUGGACAGAGUCAUCUCAUGCAAGAGGAACAAUCCAGCAUCCAGCUCUAGACGCUUUUUCCAGCUCACUAAGCUCCUGGAUUCCGUGCAGCCGAUUGCCCGGGAGCUCCACCAGUUCACAUUUGACCUGUUUGUGAAGGCCCAGAUGGUGAGCGUGGAUUUUCCCGAAAUGAUGUCAGAGAUCAUAUCCGUGCAGGUGCCCAAGAUCCUGUCUGGCAGAGUCAAGCCACUCUACUUCCACAGCUCAUGAGAUGCCCAAUGGGGUGAGCCCCCUAAUACCUUGCAGUGUGCCUUAAGGGUCACCAUAUGCAAAAAGGACUCUACCAAGGACUUUCUGCGCGUCAGUGCAAGAGGUGUGUCCUCUGAGCAUCACCCUGGCUGUGUAUUCUUCUGGGGGUCUUAUGAACAAUGCCCUGUGUGUGAUUUGCCACUGACCUAUAGGUUAUAGGAGGACUGCUCUGGGCAUAAUUGUUUUUAUUACCAACUUACAAAGGUUUUGUCACCUGCGUAUGCAGCGGAAAGGGAUUUCAGGUCUGGAAUUCCUGGAGCACUGUGAGACUUACAUACUCAUAGAUUAUACAUUAUAUACACCAACAUACCUGUGCGUGAAUAUAUCAGUGCACAGGAGGCAGGACUGAGGCCACACAUAUACAGGUCUCAAACUGCAAUAUAUAUAUAAUGCACUAUAAUUUAGAUGGGGAACUGUCAUCCCUGUUGCAGACCUCAACUCACCAGCAUCUCCACUGAUUGGGUGUUGCCGGAAGGUUACAGUUCUGCAACACCUGGAGUGACAAAGGUUGCCUGUCUCUGUAACAGAGCACCGCAUUCCCAACUCUCUGGCUGAAAAAAGCCGCUCCAAACACAAGUCCUUCUGUAUCUUUUUUUUUUUUUUCUAUAUCUUCUAACCUAAUUGAUUCUGACUGUGUGAGCUUCUUUUCCAGCCAGAAGACUUUGGGUAGCAAUUUUUAUAUUAAAAAAAAAAAAAAAAGUUGUGCUAAACUGCUUCUGUCCGGAUAGAGUCUGCAUAUUUUAUCCAUAACUCUGUGCUCCCGUUUGUUCCGGCUUCUCCAAUGAAUUCAGUGGCAUUUACAGCAGAGCAGCAGCAGCUCCUCCAAGAAUGAACAGUUAAAGCUAUGAAGCUGGCUUCCCUCUGCUGGAGGGCAUGGAAAGAGAUUUCCCGUAAAGCAGCCUGUUUUUAUAGGGGCAACAUGCGUAAGCUGUAUUUGCGCCUCUGGAGUGGCACUUGCUCAACGUCAUAAAAGCUAACUACAAUCUAUGGGCAAAAAAAGCUUGUUUAUUGGCACUGCACAUGCUAGAAGCACUUUUAUUGAUUUAAAUGCCCCUAGACCAAGGGGUGGCUGGUAUAGUUCUAUAGCUCAGUGCACCCCACUGGAGUAUAAGUUGUCAGAAGAGUGUUCUGUGUGCCAGAGCUUGUCUAGUAACAUGGUAAUAAUUUCAGCCAAUCAGAUUUUUGCACUCAAUUUUUUACUAACUGCACUAGACUGAAAAGCCAAUGGCUGAUUGGUUGCUACUUUAAAUGGGGCAAAUUAGCACUGUGUUACUACAUAAGCCUGCAAUACUGAAAAAAACAAACUUUGUGCUUAAUAUAUAAGGAGUCUUUUUAUACAGAGAUAAUGCUUUAUCCCUACUUAUUUCAUGUCGGCCAUGGCCAAACUAUUUAGCUAAGAGGGCAUUAAACUGAAAUACAACGUACAGAGAAACGAGGCAUGCUGUUUUGAUAUGGACAUUGGUACAGUGUUACAGUAUAUCCUCAGGUGGGUGUGGGCAUCGCUCCCAGAAGGGACAUCACCACAUCACCUCAGCCCUGGCAUUUCCUACCCAAUAAUGUAAUGCCUGUGUCAUGCAGACUUGUUGUGCCAGUGAUUUUCAUUUUGACACACAAAAAGGUAAACACCUUCUUCUUUUUCAGCAAUGAGUGUUCAAGGCAGACCCCUUAAUGCUAAUGUUCUAUUGAAUCAUUAUUGAUCUAAAAGGAUUAUAUCUGCACAAUGUCAAUGCAAUGUGUUAAUAGCAAAUUACCUACUCUACCCACAAUUAAUUCACAAUAUUGCAUUACCAUAGAGACAUAAAAUAGCACCAUAAAGAAUUCUGAUUACUCAGUAGAGUGACCUUCCAUCUGAUGGCUCUUUGCAAAUACAUUAGCAGUGCAUAAACCCCCAAUGAAAAGACUUAGCAAGGUCACACUAUGGAGGAAAAUUAGGAGGGUACAUUUCUGCCUAAAACUAAAUGAGGCUAUGGGAAAGAGACUGUUUACUAGCCAUAACUAAGUUUCAUUUUGUUUGACUUUAUUGUUAUUUUUUUUUAUAAAGGGACGCAUGCUAAAACACAGGUUGUAUAAAAUUAUAAAUUUACAGAUAUAGAAGAUUCACUUUUGUACAAAAGGAGACUUUCAGUGUUUGUCAGCAGGCUGGGGAAGAUGAUUUCUCGCUAUUUCUCUUUCUCAGUGCUUUAAAAGCACAUACGUCAUCAUGUAUAUAUAUAUAUAUCUAUAUACUGCAUUUUUAUCGGGAAGUGGAAAAGCAUUUAGAAGAAUGUGUUAGAGUGCCUUUGGGACAGGAGCUUUGUGUAUAUUAUUGAGAGAGCGGGAUGCCCCCUGCUCACUUUAAAGCUGCGCUUUGUGCUUGCAGAAGGAGAGGACAGAAGUGUUUAUGCACCGUGCUUGCUCACUCAACAGCCGCUGCGACAGAAGGUGUGCCGUAAGCAGAAAUAAAUAGUGCAGACAUGUUUCUUUUCAGACAAAUCUUGUUUAGUGUGCUGAAGGAAUGGAGCAGGCUAGUCACAGCAGCAAGUGCCAGUAUUUUAGUUUUUAGGAAUGAUGAUGAGGAGGAGGAUGUGGAGCACUUUAAGAGAAGGCACAACAUGCAUAAAAGACUUCCCCUUCUGCCCACAGAAAGAACAGACUGCUCGCUGCACCGUGAAACCCAUUGCAAAGAUUUGCUCUUGACUGUUUAGUUGCUACAGGAGGGGGGCAAGGUAACAGCCUCUGUUGAGGCACACAAUAUGGCAGCUUUCCGUUCAUACCUGUUCAAAGACAGUUCAGGAAUGUUCUUUGCAAUCACUAACCUAUGCAAUGAUCAAGUUAAGAACAUGUUUGCCACCAGAGCUGUCUUUAGUGGUGGGCAAGUAAGGAAAAAGCUGGAAUGGGCUCCACAGGUUUUUUGCUUGUGGCUGUGGGAUAGGCUUUACAGUCAAGAAAGUGUCCAGCUGCUGAGCUACAGCUUACAGCAUCCACUGGCAACUAAAGCAUGAGAUUCUGCAGGUCAGUAACAAUGUAGUGGAGCUGCAAGGUGGAUUUUGUAUAAUGCGGCCCCAGGCCCUUGUUCCCAACUCUACUAAGGUGGCCUUGUCUGUCACCCCCUUUUUUGUUGCUCCAUUUCUUUUUUACAGACUGUUAAACCUCUACUGAAGUAAAAGGCAGCUGGUUUACUGAGGCCAGUGAUGCUACAAUCCAUCCAUCCAUGAAGCCUUGCAUCAGGGACAGUUGUUGGUGACUGACACUUACUAAUCACUAUUCGAAGGGGGGUGUUGGAAGGUAUAAUAGGUCCUGGUGUGGUCCUAGGUAGACUCAUGGCAAAGAAUUUUAUACUCACAGCACUUGGAACUGAACAAUUAAGAGGGCCUAAUGAGUCCCAUAGGAAGGCAAUGAAUAGUUGCAAGUUACGUAGACCAGAGUCCAUCAAGUUCAACCCUUCCAAGUAAACUCAGCACCCACAAACCCAUACUGACCUAUCUAUACA